AUGAUAUUCGAUAAUAAUAAUUUAACAAAUUAUGCACAAGCAAUUAAAACAGUUGAAUGUUACUGUUUACAUUAUAAUUAUACAUUUGAAGUAAUAAUCACUACAAAUACAAAUUAUAAUUUAUUAAUUGGAUGUGACCAAAUAGAUUUUAUGUUUAAAAGACAUUGUAUUGUAUCUAAUUAUGGUUUAAAAUUUGCAGAUAGUAUAAAAUAUAUUGUAUUUUUAGAUGGUGAUAUGGGUGUUGUUAAUCCAUUACAUAGAAUAGAAGAAUAUCUUCCUAGAAAUGAAGAAGAAAUAUUAUUUUAUGAUAGAGUAUUUAAUAGUGAAGUAGCUGCAGGAAGUUAUAUAAUAAAAAAUGAUUUUUAUGCAAGAAAUUUUUUAAAGUAUUUUGCUAAUUAUGAUUUUAAAAUCCCUAUGAUGAAUGAUGGACGUGAUAAUGUUGCUUUACAAGUUGUUCUUAUUAAUUCAAUAGGACCUAAAAAGUAUAAAUCCGAAUAUGAACAAUGUAUGAAAAUUUAUAAUUACUCUGUUGGUUUUGAUCAAAAUAUGAUAGUGGUAUCAUGCUUUAAAUGGAUAUUAAAUAAAUUAGAUGAAACACCAAAUGAUAUAAAUCAUUAUGCAUUUAAUAAAGGAAAAAUUAAAAUAAUUAGAAAAUUAUCAAUGAGAAAAUGGGUACGAGACACCUGGCUUACAGGUUGGAGAUUUUGUGAUAAUGAUUUUUUACAUCACGGUUGGAAAAUGCACGAAAUUAAAAAAAGUCAUCGCAUAAUUAAAACUGAAUUUGAUUCAUCAACUGAUUUAUGUAAAAGUUCAGAUUUUUUACUUGGUUGGAAUUAUAAUUUGUCUCUAAAAGUUAAUUGUGAAGAAGUAACUAGUGAAAUUAAGAAUUGGAUAAAAUAUGCAAAUGAUACAUAUGCCAAAAACGUUUUCUUAAGUAAUGUUACUAAAGAAUUAUUUAUACAAUGA